AUGAACUCGAGGGACUUGUCGGCCUGGCUGCUCAUCUCAGAAGAUCAAGAGUCUGAGGCAUUGGUUGAGGGAAGCGUGCGAUUCCAUGUAGACGACGUCCAGUACAAAGAUGCAGACGGGGAUCACAGAUGUGUCACUAAGCUCAAGAUAUUAGACCAGGAUGGUCGCAGGUUCAGUGCUUCUGGGGUCCUCAUAGGACCCGAUUUAGUCCUGACCUCUGCCCACAAUGUUCGACAUCUUGGUGGAAAAGACUAUGUCUCUCGGGCUAUCUCUAUCAGGGUGUACAUUGGAUACCACCACCAAGGCUCCUCGAACGGCAUCGGCGUCGAGGAGCGUUUCGGCAAAAGAGUCACAGUGCUUCAAGAAUGGAAACGGUCCGGAUUUGCUUGGCACAACGAUAUGGCUCUCAUCGAGCUCGAGAGCAAGUUCGCGCAGGUCAAGCCUGCCUUGUACCAGGCGCCAUCAUUGGUGAAGUCAAGAGUGCUCGUCGUUGGUUACCCUGGCGAAAACAUAACGCAAGUCAACGGAUCUUGUCCACUUUGCGAGAGAGGUGGAUGCAUGUACGAGGUGGCGGGUCAAGCCAGGUACAAUUCCCAGAAUCUGCUGCAGUACACAAUUUCGACUAUGCCGGGUAACUCUGGAGGUCCGGUCUUCCUCGAAAGCAAGCGCAAAGAGAACACGCCCAGAACAGUCAUAGCUACACACAGCUAUAGCAGCUCACGGAAGGGGACCAACUACGCCGCUCCGGUUGACGUCGCCUUCAUCGAAGCAACGAAGGCUUUCCUACCCGUAGAAGAGCCCUCACCAGGCCUUCUAGAGGCUAGGCGUGCGUCUGUUGCAGCGGCAAUGUCGUAUACCAAGAAGAAGACAGACUAUGCCGGAUUCUGA